AUGGCACGAACGCCGGAGUGGCUUUCUCUCACUUCUCUCUCGUAUUUUUCUGCCGAAGACAUGAAGCGACUUCCCGUCCGAGAGGUCAGUCUGCUUUGCGAACGGCUGCGGUCGGUGCAAAGUAGUGAUGCAAGGGUGCAAAGCGUCCUCGCGGAGGGCAUUCGCACGCGCGUCCUGGACAACAACACUUUGCCGUUUCUUGUCCAACGACUGGCGCUCAGUGGAAACUGGCAACUCGCGGUACAAGUGUUGGGGAGCGAGUGCCUUGACAGGCGACGUAUUGGACGCGACCACAACACCUGGCCAAUUCUUGAGCGUGCGGCCCCAUGCAAUGAGAGUCGCGAUGCGAUUCGCCUUGCGCUUAUACGGCUCUAUGGUGGUUCAUGCCGUACCCAAGCCAAAUGA